AUGGGAUCCGGUGUUUUCACCUUAGUAUGGCCGACAACAAAAGCUGUCGACACUGGGACUUCCCAAGCGGUCCCCCACCUUAGUACUAACCCAGCCUUAAGGCGCUUAACUUCGGAGUUCGAAUGGGAUCCGGUGUUUUCACCUUAGUAUGGCCGACAACAAAAUUAAUAUCUUUUAAUAACUAUUUAUAACAAUAACUUUCAAUUUGUUUUAUCUCUUAAUAAUCUACAAUUUACUCUAAUAAAUUAAUAUUAAUAAAAAUAAUAUCUCUAAAAUGAUUAAAAAUAAAAAGGUUGUCGACACUGGGACUUCCCAAGCGGUCCCCCACCUUAGUACUAACCCAGCCUUAAGGCGCUUAACUUCGGAGUUCGAAUGGGAUCCGGUGUUUUCACCUUAGUAUGGCCGACAACAAAAUUAAUAUCUAUAAAUAACUAUUUAUAACAAUAACAUUCAAUUAUUUUUAUAACUUAAUAAUCUACAAAUUAUUCAAACAAAUUAAUAUUAGAAAAAAUAAUAUUUCUAAUUAUUAAAAAUUAUUUUAAAUAAAAUAAAAAGGUUGUCGACACUGGGACUUCCCAAGCGGUCCCCCACCUUAGUACUAACCCAGCCUUAAGGCGCUUAACUUCGGAGUUCGAAUGGGAUCCGGUGUUUUCACCUUAGUAUGGCCGACAACAAAAUUAAUAGCAAUAAAUAACUAUUUAUAAUUAAGAAUAUUUUUAUCAAAUAAAUUAAUUUAAAUUUAUAUUUAUUAGCAAAAAUAAAAAAUUAAUAUUUUUUAAAUUAAAUAAAAUAUUUAUUUUGAAAGAUUAAAAUGGAAUAAAAAUAAUUUGGAAAUUGAUUGAAGUUGAAGGAUAAUAUUAUGAUCUAAAUAAUUUUGAUGAAGGAGAAAUUUUUUAUGGUUUAGAGUUUUAAGGUGAAGUUUCAUAUAGCUAGAAAAAAACUGAAGAAAUUGGAUUGUCUAAUCAAAAAUUUCAAAGUUAGCUGGAAUAAUAGGCAUUUGUUACAGGCGAACAUUAAAGUAGAUUAUCAAUAAGAAUAAUCAAGCCAUUAAUAUUAGUUUGA